GACACACACACACAGACACACACACACAUAGACACAGACGCACACACACACGCCCAGCCGCACGCGGGGAACAGCGUCCAGGGUGCUUUUCCCGCCCAAAUAAAGUGUCGCACCAUGUUGUUUCCCACGACAACAGGAUGACAGUGGGACCACACGAAAGCGCGCAAGGACAGCAUCGAGUCGCUGUCGAAGCGCCACGUAGCCGGAGGAGAAGGAGCGUUGGAGCCGUCGCAGCAGCAUUCCGGUGACGAUGGCCGGACACGUGGCAUGCGCAGCGCGCGCGGUGUCGCUCGACUUGGCCUACGCUGUCGCCGCCGGAGCUGCGCUGCCUUCUUCCGCCAGCUGCGCACAGUCGCCGCCGUCUCAUUGCGGACUGCGGGGGAGGGGAGGGGCGGCGGCGCUGUCGCCUUCGCCACGCCAUGGCCAGGCGGGUCCCGCGUCUGCGCGGAGGUCGCCGCGGUCGGCCGUAGUCAGUCCCCGCGCGGUGAACCAGGACACGUUGUUCGGAGUUGCCGUCGGGAUCGCAGGCAUUGCCGCAGGCAUCGGGAUCCCCAUCUUCUACGAGACCCAGAUGAAGGGAUCGGAGCUCCGCGGCAACAAUCAACCGUGCUUUCCGUGCAACGGGACCGGGACCCUUACGUGUCGGUUCUGUCUGGGAGAGGGAGCCACUGUAGUGGACUUGGGCGGGGGGGAGAGCCAGCGGUCGAAAUGUAUUAACUGCGACGGGAAUGGCGCGCGGACGUGUACCACGUGUAGCGGGUCCGGAAUCCAGCCUAGAUACCUUGAUCGCAGAGAAUUCAAGGAUGACGACUAAAAUAAGGUGUAGAGGGCAGGAAUAAAAAAAAAAAAAAAAAAAAAAAAAAAGAAAGAGGGAUAGAGGGCGGCGUGUACUGCGGAAAGUAGUGUAGUUUGCAACAACAACGUUUUUUUUUUUUUUUUUUCAUUUAUUUCCCAUCCCGUGUGUAAUUUAAAAAAACAAGAAAAAAAGAAAGGUGUAAAAAAAAAGUUGUUCGGCCGAGAGGAGGAGGGGGGGGGCGCGCAGCGAGGGAGGAUAUGGGGGGAGGGAGAGAGAGGAGGAGCAGGGGAGAGGAUCUGAGCUGAUCCGAAGAGGUCUGACCUGGUCUGACGUGGCAUCAAAGGAAGAUUUUUUUUUUUUUUUUUUUUUUUUUCUGUGAGACCCCUUCCACUCCGUUGCUCUGUCCCCCCUUUUGCUUUCAAAUUUGCGUAAAUGGCGUCCUCGCACUGCGUGCGCUCAAAGG